AUGGAGAAAAAUCUACUUGACGGUCUCCUCGACCUGGAAGAAGAAUUCUACCAAGAGGGCUAUAGUUUGGGCGCAGCUGAUGGUGCUCAGGCUGGUUAUACCGAAGGAAGCGUAUUUGCCGUUGAAAAGGGCUUCGAAAAGUUCGUUGAGUUGGGAAGACUAUAUGGCAAAGCUCUCGUCUGGGCCCAGAGAGUCGCAGAUUCCGACUUUUCUCGGCAUUCGUCACAGGAGAGUGAUGAAACGGAUGCCCUGAAAACUCAGCCAUAUAAUGAGGAUGACCUUCUCUUAGAACCAUUCGUAUGCAAGGAGAUGCUGCCUCUUCCCGCCAGUUUACGGCUGGUCAAAAACCUCGAGAUUCUCCUCGAAUUAGUUGAUCCAGCUUCUUUGCCCAUGGAGAACACGGAAGAAGCUGUCACAGAUGUUGACGAGCGUCUUAAGGGCGCUACAGUCAAGGCUAAGCUUAUCCAGCGAGCUCUCGGAGAACGUGAGGAGACUGCGGACAUCCAUCCUGACGCCAAAGAUGCCCAGGUAGCUGGAGAUGGAACAGGGUGCAUUGAGGACAUUAGCUCACUGAACAUUCGCCAUUAG